CUCGAACUCUUCCACGGCAUCCGCAUAGACCACCGUACGAUGGCCGACACAAAGAUGGCGGCCGUGCAGGCCAAACUGCAGACGCAGUCGCGCGACUUCCAGAAGCUUGAGGCGGAGAUGGCCGGUGUGAUUGAGGCGAGGCAACGGCUCGAUGCGCAGCAGUCGGAGAACGAGCAGGUGUUAAAGGAGUUCGCUGCCCUCAAACCACACAACACCGUGUACAAGCUCAUCGGGCCGGGCCUCGUGCAGCAGGACCACGCCGAGGCCAAGGCGAACGUCGAGAAGCGCCUCGAGUUCAUCAAGAGCGAGAUCAAGCGUGUCGAGGCGCAGAUCAAGGAGCAGGAAGCCGUCGCGGGGAAGAAGAAGGAGGAGAUCAUGGCUCUGCAGCGCGAGUUCCAGGCGCUGCAGGGACCCAGCAAGGCAUAAUCAUUACCACUGCAUGCAUAUCGUUGCCGGACGCUCGGGCCGCGAGGAGCGUGUUCGCCGCGUGCGGCGGCCCCGCGCAGACACAAGUGACGCACCUACGUCCGCUCCAUGACAGCGCCCUCGGGCUCAUGUACUCAAGUGACG